UGUCGUCUCGUACCAGAAUUUAUUUGUUUCGUCUAACGUUAUUUAUUUUCCGUUGCGUGUGCUGUGUCAUUUGUUAUAUGUCGACGACGUCACGCCGAUCCGGGACGAGCGAUCUUCGUCUACUCUGGUCACGUACCUGCAACGACGUCAAGCAUGUCGACGCUGAUUUGGUGAUGGCAGAACGCAGAGGAUGUCACGCCGCAAGCAGAGCAACCCGAAACCGCUGAAACGGGAGGAUGAGGAAUGGAGCGACUCGGAGAAGGCACCGUCGGUGAGCAGUGGCGUGGACGGUGGUGGAUCAGCGGUUUCCAGCCCGAUCGCGCCGGUCGUCGAAGAGGAAUCGAGCCUCCCCCCACCGCCGAGACUAAAUCCCCCCUCGUCGUCGGUCUCGAUCGCGAAUUCGACCGCAGAGGAUAUCAGAUUGAGGCUCAGCGUUCUCUCUGAGGACGCUCGAAAACGACUGGCUAGUCUUACCGAAGAUAUCGAGGUUGCCAGGAGCUUAAGAGACCGACAUGCCCACACGAAACCCAAUCAGACCCGAGAGUCGAGUCCCAAAGACACGGACGAGGAGACGAUGGUCGUGGUCAAGGAAGAGGAUUGCCAGCCAAGAUCGUCGUCAUCCUCGUCCUCCUCGAUCCGAAGGAGAGAUUCCAUUUGCAGGAGAGACUCGGAAGACUCCUCGAGACGUUCGAACGCGGACGAUCCCCCGUCCGAGAAGAAACUGAAGCUCGACGAUGAAGCAACACCAAGACUGAGACUCAAUGCUAGUCUGGCGACGGACCCGGCUCUUCGACCCGCCGCCGUGGCCGCACUCACCGUCAAACCUGAGAAUACCUCGCCGCCGAAUCCUGUACCGCCUCUACCGGCCGGUCUUCAGAAUGCGAUUGCGUCGGGUCGAUUAUUCGUGUUGCCCACCGACGGCAAAGAAACGAUCACCGUGGAACCAGCCAGGCCGGCGCCUUUGAUCUGUCCACCGUGCGGCAUCCGUUUCAGUUCGGCGAGCACGCUGGAGGCACAUCGGACAUUUUACUGCGCGCAUCGUCCACGGCUCGAGGACGAGACCACGAACGACGAGGACGACGAGAAGUCGAGUAAAUUCGAGGUCAGAAAAGCGUACGCUUGCCCGCAUUGUUCGUACAGCGCGGACAAGAAAGUGUCGUUGAACAGACACAUGAGGAUGCACGCUGCAUCGCCAGCACCACCUGCGAUACCAACAACGCCAGCUGUUGUCGCGACCACGCCGACUACCGGCGCUGCUGUCGCUGCCGCCACCGCGACAGCCUCGAAUGGGUCGUUGAACGAGGAGGCGGAACGAUAUUGCAGAAAUUGCGACAUCCGGUUCAGCUCGUUGAAGACGUACAGAGCGCACAAAACUCAUUAUUGCAGUACCAGGCAUGUGGUUAAAGAUACACCGCCGCCUAGCGCGGCGUCCUCGUCGGUGAAGGCGUCGCCACCGACGACUGCGAGUCCUGGGGACUCACCUCCACCUCAGCCCUGUCUGGCACUGCCCACCAACCCGAUUCUGAUAGUACCGUACUCUUUAUUCCGGGGAGCUAGUGUACUGGCCGCGCCGACUCUGCCUGCGCCCGAUACCGCAUGCUUCCUCCUGCCAAAUGGUCACCUACAGCCAAUGACGAGAGGUCUCGCAGCAACAGCACCGAACGCCGUGGUCGAACCACCACCUGUCCUUCGAGCAGCGAACAAGCCAACAACACCCGCAUCGGUGGUGGCGUCGUCUACGUCACCACCUGGCUCAGUGCCGUUAGAUCUAAGCGUUCGGAAGUCACCGGCACACCAAGACGAAAAGGAGAACAGGGUAUCACCGGCUCCCUCAUCUCUACCUCCGCCACCUGGUAGUCCAAGAUCCAGAGGAAGUGGAAGUCCCAGAGCCAGGUCUAUUGGUUCAGCUCCAACAACAGCUGGAACCGUUGCGCCUCCUCCGCCGACCGAGCUUGCCUUGAGAUUAGCCGAGCUGCCACCACCGCCUGUUCCAGGGGUUCUUGUUAAACAGGGUGUCUCGAGGUGCAAGGAAUGCAACAUUGUCUUUUGUCGCCACGAAAAUUUCGUCGCGCACAAGAAGCACUAUUGCCAAGCGAGAGAAACCACGGUCAGUAAUAGUCCACCGCCACCAGGCACACCGUCGCCCCCUUUAGUACAGUUAAUAUGCGCCGCGUGCGGUAUUAAGUUCGCAUCCAUGGACAAUUUGGUGGCCCAUCAAGCAUUUUACUGCCCGAAGAGGCCGGAACCUCAAGAACAUCACUCGAGAUGCACCAAGUGCAAGGCUAUAAUCGAGCCUGGAUCCACCCAUACGUGCACCAGUGGAACCACUGGUGGUUGGAGAUGUCCCGUGUGUGGUGCGGUUAGUCCCACAGCAGGAGCUGCCCAGCGUCACAUGGAUGCUCAUCAAGGUGUCAAGGCUUUCAGAUGCACGAUCUGUCGUUACAAAGGAAACACGUUGCGUGGUAUGAGGACGCAUAUAAAAAUGCACUUUGAGAAGCGCGGGGCCGAUCUGCAGGAAGAAAAUUACAUAACCUGCGUGCUAGACGACGAAACAGUUUUACCUACCCCAGAACCCGCUCCAGCCACUACUCCCGAAGAAAUCCCUGGAGAGGUGCAGGUGAACGGCAAAACAGAAGUGCGAAAGAGUCCGCAGCCUCCGCCACCUCCACCCCCACCUCCUACGGUCACGAGCAAAGUGAAACAGGAACGUGAAGACACACCGCCACCGGAAGAGAGUCUCGAUCCGAACAAAAGCGGUCCCCGUUACUGUCGGUCGUGUGACAUCAGCUUCAAUUAUCUUAGCACGUUCAUAGCUCACAAGAAGUUUUACUGCUCGAGUCACGCCGGCGAGGCGAGCAACAACAACAACAACAAUAACAAUAAUAAUAACUCUAGCAGCCACGCCACAACGCCACCAAGCGGCCGAACUGAAGCGUCCGUGCUUUAAAAGACUCUCAAGAAUCGUAUAAGGCGUCUAACGGUGAUCGUUUUCCGACAUCAUCACCUGGGAUGAUCCGACGGGACUGUUAAUUGUUGCCAGUUUAUAUAUAUACAUAUAUAUAUAUAUAAUAGAAUUAUCAACUAUCCGUUUUAGUUGACUACCGUUGUGUGAUUUCUGUUGAUCCAGGGAAUUGUUUGUACUUAUAAGUUGUUUCAACCGACGUGUACAUAUACGCGUGCGUGGACACGGGAGCUGCGGAAGAAUAAAACGAGGUUCUGA